GCACUGCUGCUUCUAGAAGCAUAUGAGAAAAUAAUUUCUAUUUAUUUAUUUUUUUUGUAAAACAUAGACAUUGAAAAAAGCCACAAUGUACUGGGAAUUUCCAUGAGGAUUUGGCUGUUACUGACAAACCUAAAGAGGGGUGUAGCGUAUCAGUGCACAGAUGGAGUCCCAGCUCUCCCUUCUCUCCUCUCUGAAUGGAGAUCUCCGGCAGGAGGACUUCAUACAGCCCCACUACAAGGAGUCCUACCGGAUAGCUAUCGACACCCUGGUCAGCGAAGGGCAGGAGAAGUACCAGGAGGUCCUCAAGGAAGAGCAAAUUGGUGACUUUCUGUCCGAGCGGGAAAUCCUCUUCAUCAAGGAGCGCACCAGGCUGCCGGUCACCACCAGCAGCCCCAGCGAGGAGGUCAAUGGCUGCCCCGAAAAUACGUCCUCUUCUGGGACAUACUGGCCCAUGAACUCUGAUGUGGAGACACCCGACCUGGAUCUGGGUUGGCCUGAGUGCUCGAAGCUGAGCGCGGGCACCAACAUCGAGCUGCUCUUCCACCCGCCCCGGCUCAACAGUCCCACCAUCAAAGAGGUGAUCCGGAAACAGGUUCAGGAUGCUCGGCAGGUGAUUGCCGUUGCAAUGGACAUGUUUACAGAUGCGGAUAUACUCAAAGAGCUGGCUGAUGCCUCAGCAAGGGGAGUCGCAGUCUACAUUCUUCUGGAUGAUUUUGGCCUCCAAAGCUUUCUCACUAUGGCAGAGAAGCAGGACGUCCAGAUACAGAGACUAAGGAACAUGAGAGUGCGCACGGUGAAAGGACAUGAGUACCUCUGCCGAUCUGGAGCUCGAUUUCACGGGGCGAUGGAACAGAAGUUUCUAUUGGUGGACUGCCAGACUGUGCUGUUUGGCUCAUACAGCUUCACAUGGUCAUUUGAGAAGAUCCACCUCAGUAUGGUGCAGGUGAUCACAGGUCAGCUGGUGCAGCUGUAUGACGAGGAGUUCCGGACUCUUUUCGCUCGCUCCACCGUUCCGGCCGUGCUCUGCCCCGCGGAGGGCCGGGCCAAUGGGCACGGCCCGGCGCCGGGGUUCAAGACCCAGUGUGGCCAGGCCUUCGAGAGGAGCGACCAACUGAGGCACACACUGGACACGGUCUACAUGAAGGCCUGCGGAAAAGGGGUGAGGGAGGAGGAGCCGCUCGACAGGCUGCCUGCGGAGCCGAGGCCCGCUUACAACCACGGCGCUAACGGCCGCGCCCGCCCCCAGCACCUGCAGCCCCCUGACGCGCUGGGCUUCCUGAAGAGGCACAGCUAUGCGGGGGAGAGGCAGGAGGCCUCCUUCGUCCCCACCCACCCCAAGUACGGCGCCAGCAACUGGAACGUGUCCGGAGAGGGGGCUCAAUGGCAUGCGACUCCCGGAAGAAACGAACACUUCUCCAGGGGCAUGGGGGACCCCCUGCAGGUGCCCAAGCUGGGACAGGUGUACGGGAGAGGCAACGCCAACUUGCGCCAGUCCUUCCAUGGCAACGACAAGCACAUUCUCUCCAUGCAGCAGAACCUGCCCAGCCUGGACCGCACCACUAAGUCUUUCCUUCGCACCUGGCGGAUCGAGUCGUACCUCAACAACAAAGACGUGCCCUUGGGGGAGUCCACAGACUACCUGGACCAGUACGAGGCGCUGGACAGCAAGCCCAACUCCUACAUGUCCUCACGCCUGCGAUCCUCCAUUAUCUUCACAUCCACCAUCCCUGAGCAGCCGGAGACCAACAGCAACUCGCACAACUCCUCUGGUGCGAUGCCCUUCAACGCGCCCGCCGCCACGCCCUUUUACUCCUCCAUGCAGUGGCAGCCCACCUCGCAGAUGGACAACAGGAUGAGGCAGGACGAGUAUAUGAUGAAGAGGCGGAGCCUGCAGAUUCUGGAAGACCCUCGAAAUAAUCUGGGCAUCCCAGGUCGGGAUGCAUACCAUACCUCAUACACCAGCCUGGGACGUGCCAAGGGGGGUCUGUCGCAGAAAAGCCCGGAUGUCCUCCAAGAGGACAUGUAUAAACGGCACAGUGUGGCUGAUCCCAGGAUGAACAUGCAGUACAGUGGCAGUGAAGAGCCUCUGCCCAGGCAUGGGUACGGCUUGGCAGGGCGGGGCCUGGGUGAGAGACGGGCUCUGGACGACCGAGGGGCUGGAAUGCAGCGUCCGUCCUGCAACCUCAAGGAAGACAAGAGGUCCGUCUCCCACUACAACGUCAAGGAGGCGGAGAUCAAUAGCUUCCAGCCCCAGAUGUGGCAAGAGCCGCCGUCCAGGACCGUGUCGGUUUCGGCCCUCAGCGUGAGCGAGAAGGAACCCCUGCCGAAGUCCCCUAAUCUGGGCUCGCCGCGUUUCUUCAAAAAGAGCACCAAGAAAAUAAAAUCGCUGCUCAACAUACCGGAGAAAAAGGGCAGCUCGUCUCAUAACAAAUCUGGGUCCAACCUGAAAGCAGAAGGCAGCUCGGACACCCUGAUAUCCGAGGACCAGGGACAGGCACCGGGGAAGGAGAGGGGCGUUUACCUCUCCGUGAAGGAAAACCACUUCUCCAGUAAUGCGGGAAAGUCAUCUUCUCCGCGUUUCAGCACAGAGGACCUGGAACAAAACGGCGCCACCCCUUGGCGGGGGACGCACAUGACCAGAGUCCAAAAAGACCAGUCAAGCCAGGGUGUGGAGCCCAGACCCAGAAGCCAGAGAGAGAAUCAUCUGUAUACCCGCUUUGAACCUUUCUGUGCCUUGGAGAAGAAGCAACCUCCUUCAGAUCAUUUGAGGAAGCUCACCACCCACGCGCAAGCUUCGGAGAGCUCAAGGACUGUCCUCAGCCACACUAGAGGGAGCCCUCCUGGGGAACUCUACAGCAGCUCAGGGACUCACACACACACAAGUCCCCAUGACAAUAAGCUAGGCCGCUUCAUACAGCGCGUGGGACAUUUACUUCAUAAAAAUAAGUGAGGAGUCAAAUUACCCAGGACAAGCAGAAGGGUUUCUGCGGUGCUAAAAGAGGGAGACAAUUUUGCACCCAGAUUAGGGAAUGCAACAACCACUUUAUCUUCAUAAAAGCCACAUAAAUAUAUUUAUUUUCAGAAUUAUUAAUGUUUACAUUGAGAAAUGAACCAUCCCCGACCCUGCUCCCAGUUUAUUGAAAAAGGAAAACAUAUUUGCUCACAAACCAUACAAACAGCCCAUGGGUUAAAUCUAGUCUACAGUUAGCGGUGAUUCUAUGUAGUUAGUAAUUAAAUCAUUAUUUUUGGAACACUACCAAAUAAGAAGGUAGGGGGACUGGAAUUUGUUUCCUCAGUUUUAGCAGGAUCUCCCAUGGUAUAUGUACAGUAAUACUGCCUUCAGUUAUCUCUGUAGGAGUCAGAGAAAAUAAACCCGAUCUGUGGUGUCUGCAGUUAUGCUUGCACAUCCAGGUGUUUAGUACAGUAGCACCAUUAAUUCAUCUCUGUAGAACUAAUGUUACACUGGAAAUUAGGAUGGGCGUUAUAUGGGUGGAAACAACACACGCACACAUCUCUAAACCAGAUUUUAAGCAAAACAUUUGAAUAAAUGUCAUUUGAAUAAAUGUUCUUUUGAGAACAAACACGUUGGAUCGCAGCCCAGUUGGUUCACACAUUGUGGAGACACUGCACACUCUCUGAAACAUAUACCCAGCUGUUUUUCUACUGCCACUGCACGUAGUCGUGUCCUCUGAAGAAAUGAUUAAUGUUUGCUUGCUGUGCAUGUCAUGUAUUUGUUUUUUUUUUUUAGCAACACACGUUUAAAGCAAAGAAUGAUGGAAGGCCAGAUGCAUCAUACUUCUCUACCUCUGUAAGUUUAAUUCACAAGGUUUUGGUUUUAAGGUAUUCAUGCUUCAAAAUCCUCCACUGCAAGGAAUGGCCAGUGUAUUAAAGAAUAUUAAAAUAAAUAUUGCAUAAAUACAUUAAAGAAAGAUUGUCAUUGUAUUGUUAAUAGCAAACUAAGAAAAUAGUGAAACACCUUCAGUAAUGGCAAACACAGCAAUUAUAUCAUUAAGAUGUAAUUACGCAACAAUUACAAAUGCAUGAAGAUAAUAAACAGUUUGUCAAAUCUAAUUUGAGCAAAUGAAAUUAUCCAGUUAAUUUGAUUGACAGCAAGGAGCCAAUGGUGUAUAAGAGGACAAUUAUUCAUUGUGCAUGCAUAUUGUCAUUGGCUAACAAAGUAUGACAAAUGAUAUCCAAAUCCUUUGAUUUUCAAUUUAGUGUCAUAUUGGAGUAGCAGCCACACUGCAAAUAUAUUAAAUGUACCAGAGGAAGCUAGAAGAGAAGUUUGGGAGGGGCUGCUGUGCAGAUACAUAUACGGUGAUCUCUAUUUGUCAUUGGCUUUUUGAAGAGGGAGUUCUGUACGGGUGUCAAUAUGAUGUCACACAAGUAAGCCAAAUGGCUAACUGACACUGUAAAUCAUAACUGGCAUACUCACUAAAUAGUUUGAGUACAGUAUGCUCAAAAAAUGCAAUUGUCAAGACAGCUUACAUUUCCCAAGUUCCAGUUACUCAAAUAUAAUCCAGUUGCUGCAUUCAAUUUAAUUAAAUAAUUUAAGUAAUGACUCUUCAAUUCAUAAAUUUAAGUGAGCAGUAUAUAUUCCACUAGAGAAUCUUUUGCAUAGAAAAACUACGCUGAAAAAAAUGUUUCAUUUGAUAGAUCUAACAUUUUUACUUCAAUUUGUUACACCUGUGUUUUUUUAUGUUUUCCCAACUGAAUUGUUUAGGUUCAUUUGAAUGAAGUAAUCAAAUUAAUUUUUAUAGGAAUCAAAGGUAUUCCAAUUUAAUAGAGGUGAAACCAAUUAAGUGGCAUUAACUUAAAAACAUAGUCUUAGUGACUAAUUUGUGUUGGGUUAUCUUAAUUAAAAUGAAAUAUUUUUAGUUCCCUUACUCAGUUUGUUUAAGGAGGUGGGUUUAAGUUGAAAGUAUUGCAUUUAACCAUGUAAUAGACCCAUGCUUGUUAGAAUGUAUAAAUUAGUGUGUGCUCUUCUGUUUUCAAGUGUGUUUAACUUGCAUUUCCAGAAGCAUAACCAGGUUACUGUAUAUUUAUAGUGUUUGUUGCAUUCACAGCACCAGACAACUGAUGUUUUUUAUGUUUUUGAUGUUUUUAUUAUUUUUUUUAUUUCUUUGCACAUUCUUUUGUUUUCGGUUUCUUUUGGGGAGAAUUGGAAACUUUUUUAUUUUGUGCGAUGUAUUUUGAAGGUAAAAGGCAAAGAAAAAAAACUGAAAAACUUGAUAUGUUUGCUUGAUGUUUGCACUUUCUGAAACACUGGGAUAUGUGGAUUGCCAAAAUUGCUUUUGUUAAAAAGGAAGGCCAUAUUGUUUUUUAUAUAUAUAUAUUUUUAUCAGGGUAAUUUUGUAUCUUCUUUGAAAGCUGAUAAAUGCUUGCAUAAACAUUGCAGCUUUGGGAUUUGGGAGUGUUCUUUUUCAGAUAAAUGAUAACAUUCUUCUGAAAAUAAAAAGGUUGUUUGAUUGCUGUU